AUGGUGGACCGGGGCCCUCUGCUGACCUCGGCCAUUAUCUUCUACCUGGCCAUCGGGGCGGCGAUCUUCGAGGUGCUAGAGGAGCCGCAUUGGAAAGAGGCCAAGACAAACUACUAUACCCAGAAAGUGCAUCUGCUCAAGGAGUUCCCGUGCCUGGGCCAGGAUGGUCUGGACAAGAUCCUGCAGAUAGUAUCUGAUGCUGCAGGACAGGGCGUAGCCAUCACAGGAAACCAGACCUUCAACAACUGGAACUGGCCCAAUGCAAUGAUUUUUGCAGCCACAGUCAUCACCACCAUCGGUUAUGGCAACGUGGCCCCCAAGACUCCUGCCGGGCGCCUCUUCUGUGUCUUCUACGGUCUCUUUGGGGUACCGCUCUGUCUGACGUGGAUCAGUGCCCUGGGCAAGUUCUUUGGGGGACGUGCCAAGAGGCUGGGCCAGUUCCUCACCAAGAGAGGCGUGAGCCUGCGCAAGGCGCAGAUUACGUGCACGGCCAUCUUCAUCCUGUGGGGAGUGUUGGUCCACCUGGUGAUCCCGCCCUUCGUGUUCAUGGUGACGGAGGAGUGGGACUACAUCGAGGGCCUCUACUACUCCUUCAUCACCAUCUCCACCAUCGGCUUCGGCGACUUCGUGGCCGGUGUGAACCCCAGCGCCAACUACCACGCCUUGUACCGCUACUUCGUGGAGCUGUGGAUCUACCUGGGACUGGCCUGGCUGUCGCUCUUUGUCAACUGGAAGGUGAGCAUGUUCGUGGAGGUGCACAAGGCCAUUAAGAAGCGGCGCCGGCGGCGGAAGGAGUCCUUCGAGAGCUCCCCGCACUCCAGGAAGGCCCUGCAGGUGGCGAGCGGUGCGGCGUCCAAGGACGUCAACAUCUUCAGCUUCCUGUCCAAAAAGGAGGAGACUUACAACGACCUCAUCAAGCAAAUCGGGAAGAAGGCCAUGAAGACAGGCAGCGGUAGGGAGCGGGGCCCAGGGCCAGGGCCCCCGGGGGGUGGGCUGCCGGCCCUGCCCGCCUCGCUGACCCCCCUGGUGGUCUACUCCAAGAGCCGAGUGCCCAGCUUGGAAGAGGUAUCCCAGACGCUGCGAAGCAAAGGACACAUGUCGCGGCCCAGCGGAGAGGAGGCCGGGGCCGCACCCCCCGAGGAGGGCUCCCCCACCUCUGAGGUGUUUAGUAACCAGCUGGACCGCAUCAGCGAGGAGGGCGAGCCGUGGGAUGCCCAGGACUACCACCCACUCAUCUUCCAGAGCACCAGCAUCACCUUUGUGAACAAGGAGGCUGGCCUGUUGGACGAGGACACCUCCAAGUCCUCGCUGGAGGACAACCUGGCCGGCGAGGAGAGGCCCCAGGAGGGGCCCACAGCCGAGGCGCCCCUGAACCUGGGCGAGUUCCCCUCCUCGGACGAGUCCACCUUCACCAGCACAGAGUCGGAGCUGUCGGUGCCUUAUGAACAGCUGAUGAACGAAUACAACAAGGCAAAGUGCCCCCGAGGCACGUGA